AUGGCCACCCUCGUAGACAUCCUGCUGUGCAUCCUAGCCAUCAUCCUGCCUCCCGUGCCGGUCCUCAUCAAGCGCGGCUGUGGCAUCAACCUCCUCAUUAAUCUGCUUCUCUGCAUAUUCGGACUCUGGAUCGGAGGUAUCAUUCACGCCAUCUACAUCAUUUGCGUGACGCCCGGCGAAGCCGUCUAG